AUGUUGCAGCAUCGUACUGAAGAAAUCAACGUGGACCUCGAUUCCGAUAAUGCUAUCAUGGUCGAUAUCUCUGAUGCCCUUUCAGAGAGGGAUAAGGUGAAGUACACAGUACAUACAAAGACUCGUCUCCAAGGAAUGCGUCCUGAGACUUCGGUUGUUCGCGAGCAUGAGGAAUUCCUCUGGCUUCAUAGUGUGUUGGAUGAAAACGAAAGCUAUGCGGGUUUCAUUGUCCCUCCGGCUCCACCUCGACCCGAUUUCGACUCGUCACGUGAAAAGCUGCAAAAACUCGGUGAAGGAGAAGCGACCAUGACGAAGGAGGAGUUUUUGAAAAUGAAACAGGAACUCGAACAGGAUUAUCUUGCCCAGUUCAAGAAAACUGUCGCUAUGCAUGAGGUGUUUCUGCAGAGAAUUGCUGCUCACCCGGUAUUCCGGCAAGAUUCCAACUUCCGCAUAUUCUUGCAGUAUGAAGAUGAAGUGAGUCUUCCUUUAUUUUGUCGUGCUUUAUUUUUGAUUUUUUUUUACCGCGCUUAA